ACGCACAGCGACCGCUCUCUCUGCGCAGUGUUUUGGGAAACGCAUGAUCCAUCUUCGACUGUUGAAGGAAAGAUGUGUCGUUAAAACACUCGUAAGCCUAAAUUCGGGAAACCGGGCCCAGGUUAGGUGUACGUGUAUCACCUUUUCAGUUCAAGAAACGUGUUUUUCUAUUUGUCCCAAUGUAUGUAUAGUUUUUCCUUGUGGUGUAUCCGUAGUUGGUGAUACGCAUUGUGAAGAAGAAUGUUGAUGUUGUUGAAGAGGAAGACUCAGUGGUAAACAAACUCCAAAUCGUGUAAUUUGCUUGUCCUGGCUGGAGACUGAGUGAAGGAUCAUGGGUAACACAGGUGACCGGAUGUCCGGUGAUCGCCAUGGCGCUAAGGCCCAUCGAUCAGACAGCAGAGGCAGCGACAAAGACCAUGAGCCCAGCAAGAUGGUGGACAGCACAGACGAUCCUAACAUCUUCAACACACACGGACUGGGGUCCUCCAAGGCGUCGGACAAGGAGGAGCCUGACCUGGAUGACCUGGUGAAGACGGGGCCUCAGUCCAGACCUACAGUCAUCCGCUGGGCCGGAGGAGGGAAGGAGGUCUACAUCGCGGGCUCCUUCAACAACUGGGGCAGCAAGAUCCCCCUCAAUAAGAGCCACAAUGACUUUGUCGCGAUCCUGGACUUGCCAGAGGGAGAGCACCAGUACAAGUUCUUUGUGGACGGACAGUGGGUCCAUGACCCCUCAGAGCCAGUGGUGACCAGCCAGUUGGGCACCAUCAACAACCUGAUCGAGGUGAAGCAGUCGGACUUUGAGGUGUUCGAUGCUCUGCAGGUGGACUCUCUGGAGUCCACUGACACCUCAGAUCUGUCCAGCUCCCCUCCAGGGCCCUAUGGACAGGAGCAGUACAUGUUUAGGCCUGAGGAACGCUUCAAAGCCCCGCCCAUCCUCCCCCCACACCUCCUCCAAGUCAUCCUCAACAAGGACACCAACAUCUCUUGCGACCCAGCCUUGCUGCCUGAACCCAACCACGUGAUGCUCAACCACCUUUAUGCUCUCUCAAUAAAGGAUGGCGUGAUGGUGCUCAGUGCGACUCACAGAUAUAAGAAGAAGUACGUCACAUCUCUGCUCUACAAGCCCAUCUAACCUGUCUGUGUAGGUGCAGAUAGACACUGUUAACACUACUGGGUUUAACCAUCGUGUUUACUGAUGAGACUGGGGGCAAAUCUCAAAGGACACCCUAUUCCUUGUCCAGUGACCUACAGGGCUCCACAAAGGGCUCAAAGUAAUGCACUCGGUGGGGAAUAGGGUUUCAUUUGAGUCUCAGCGUGUGACCCUCACAAGGGAAAAUACUUAGCAUUCACAGUUUGAUAGCGAUAAGAAAAGGGACAGAGAAGGAGACUACUGUGUGUGGAGCACCUCUUUGCAUGUGGGCGUGUAGAAAGAACAUUUAGUUCCAUUAAAAACAUGAAGGUUUGAAGAAAAGUCCUGAUGGAACUUGGAAAUGUUUUAUUAAAUGAGCUUUUAGAAGAUAUGAACACGGAAAGAGGGCCGUUGAAUGUCGCUGGCUUGGAUUAUCGUACGCUUCCGUUCUUUCUCCAUGUUAUUACUGUAGUUGGACAUGACUGGAGUGAUGGCAGGCUCUUCCUGGUUUGGUCCCAAGGGGUCGAUGACCACUAAUCGAACCACGAUAUGCAAUUGGAUAGGCUGUAAAUUGAACUGAAUUAUAAUGAAGUCAAAGUAUAACAAAGGAUGGGAAUUAUAUCGUAUAGCCCGUUUAAGCCUAUCACACUGGCCAAAUCAACUUUGUUUCCACGUCAUUUCAAUGUUAGGACGUCUGUGCUCAUUGGGACAUGAUUCACACUUUUGAAAAACGUGAAAAUCCCUUUCAACUACAGUAGAGGCCUCGUAUUAAUUAGAGUAUAUUAACGAGGGGUUGGGGAAUGUUGGGCCGUGGCUGUAGACCUGUGCUUUAUGACACAGUGAUUGAGUUACCCACCCAUGUGUCUCCAACAAAUGCUUUAAGCAGGACUGUUGACAUAAGCUUUUAACUAUGCAGGUAUACGGAAAAAUAUUGCACAGUAGCUUUAUGUUGGACCUCGGUGUCCAAGCUGAAUUUUCUAGGCCUAGAUACAGAAAUGGCUGUGCUAUGUGUUUCUCUCUUUAGCCCAUUUUCUAUGUAUCCAUAUUUAUAGCUUACCCUCCCAAAUACUGGUUUGUCUUGAAUGUUGUGGCGCAAUUGAAUGUCUAGUACGAACAGUUUACUGUAGAAUAUGUGGUGGAUUUUAUGGAUUUCAAUCAAGAUUCAAAAUGUCAUUCAGUGAAGUAUAAAAUGGCCAAUAUCGAUUUCAAUCAAGAUUCAAAAUGUCAUUCAGUGAAGUAUAAAAUGGCCAAUAUGGAUUUCAAUCAAGAUUCAAAAUGUCAUUCAGUAAGUAUAAAAUGGCCAAUAUGGAUUUCAAUCAAGAUUCAAAAUGUCAUUCAGUGAAGUAUAAAAUGGCCAAUAUGGAUUUCAAUCAAGAUUCAAAAUGUCAUUCAGUAAGUAUAAAAUGGCCAAUAUGCAAUGUGGAAAAGCGUAAUUUACUUUCAUCAUGAUUGUUAAAUUUGAGUGUUCUGUGAAUCGAACUUCAAAUGUUUGACCAUACACCAUUUCAUAUUUGUAUGUUGUAAGCGUACUGUACCUGCUGCUUGUGAUACCAGUAAUCAAUGUGGACUGAUAUGUAGGUAUAUACUCCAAAGAGAAGAACUGAGUAAAGAAAUUAUUACUGAAAGCCAUAGCUCACUGAGACGAUACACUGCAACACCUUCCUAAUAUUGAGUUACACCUCGCUUUGCCCUCAGCCUCAAUUCAUCAGGGCAGGGCCAUGGACUCUACAUGCUGUCAAGUGUUCCACAGGGAUGCUGGCCCAUGUCGACUCCAAUGCUUCUCACAGUUGUGUCAAGUUGGCUGGAUGUCCUUUGGGUGGUGGACCAUUCUUGAUACACACGGGAAACCGCUGAGCGUGUAAAACCCAGCAGCGUUGCAGUUCUUGACACACUAAAACCGGUUUGCCUGGCACCUACUACCAUACCCAGCUCAAAGCUACUUAAAUCUUUUGUCAGACCCAUUCACCCUCUGAAUGGCACACAUACACAAUGUCUCAAGGCUUAAAAAUCCAUCUUUAACCGGUCUCCUCCCAUUCACCUACACUGAUUUGAAGUGGAUUUAAUAAGGGAUUAUAGCUUUCACCUGGAUUCACCUGGUCAGUUUGUCAUGGAAAGAGCAGGUGUUCCUAAUGUUUUGUACACUCAGUGAACGAUAUGUGAUAUUCUGGAACUUGAUCAGGUAAAAACAAAACUUGAAUUUUAAAUCUGUUAGCUUACAUGUUUUUUCUUCUUCUCCAAAAUGCUUUGCAGCAUCAUUGUAAGCCAAGUACUGUAGAAGGUUGUUUCAGUUUGCAAAUAAAAAGGGGAGACAUGUUGACUCUAAAGUA